AUGUUGUCGACCCCUAAGAAACACACGAAAACGCACUCGACGUAUGCGUUCGAAAGCAAUACCAACAGCGUUGCAGCAUCGCAGAUGCGUAAUGCGCUCAACCGAUUGGCGGAUUCUGUCAAAGACGAAGAAUUGCGCAGCAAAAGCGAACUUGAGCUCGAUUCGUUCUUCACGCUGUUUAGACGAUACCUGGUAGAAAAAGCUUCUGGAAGCACGCUGGAGUGGGACCGGAUCAAGUCGCCCAACCCAGAAGAAGUCGUGGAGUACUCUGUGAUCAAGCAACAGCCAGAACAGGUCUCUAACCUCAGCAAGCUGGCCGUGCUGAAGCUCAAUGGUGGACUGGGUACCUCAAUGGGAUGUGUGGGCCCCAAAUCCGUGAUCGAAGUCCGCGACGGAAACACAUUUCUCGAUCUCUCCGUGCGUCAGAUCGAGUAUUUGAACAGACAAUACGACAGCGAUGUGCCGCUGUUGUUGAUGAACUCUUUUAACACGGACUCGGACACCGCACAUCUUAUCAAAAAAUACACAGGAAACCGUAUCCGUAUUCGUUCUUUUAACCAAUCGCGCUUCCCACGUGUGUUCAAAGAUUCGUUUUUGCCAGUGCCAUCUUCUUACGACGACGAUUUGGACGCCUGGUAUCCCCCAGGCCACGGUGACUUGUUCGAAUCUUUGCACGCUUCUGGUGAACUGGACGCUUUGAUCGCCCAGGGUCGUGAAAUCUUGUUUGUUUCUAACGGUGACAACUUGGGUGCCACGGUCGAUCUCAAAAUUCUCAACCAUAUGAUCGAAACCGGUGCAGAAUAUAUCAUGGAAUUGACUGACAAGACUAGAGCCGAUGUGAAGGGUGGUACAUUGAUCUCCUACGAUGGCCAAGUGCGUUUGUUGGAAGUGGCUCAAGUGCCUAAGGAACAUGUUGACGAGUUCAAAAAUAUCCGCAAGUUCAAAAACUUCAACACCAAUAAUUUAUGGAUUAAUUUGAAGGCAGUGAAGAGACUUGUCGAAUCCAGUAGCUUGCAAAUGGAAAUCAUUCCAAAUCAAAAGACUAUCAAGAGAGGCGGCCACGAAAUCAAUGUGUUGCAAUUAGAGACUGCUUGCGGUGCUGCUAUUAGACAUUUCGAGGGUGCACACGGUGUGGUGGUCCCCAGAUCUCGUUUCUUGCCUGUCAAGACAUGUUCCGAUUUGUUCUUGGUGAAAUCGGACCUGUUCGAACUGGAACAUGGUGCUUUGAAACUUGACUCUUCCAGAUUUGGACCUAAUCCACUAAUUAAACUAGGAUCCCAUUUCAAAAAAGUUUCUGAUUUCAACGCACAUGUGCCUCACAUCCCUAAGAUCGUUGAACUGGACCAUUUGACCGUUACAGGUAACGUCUUUUUAGGUAAAGGCGUGCACUUGAAAGGAACAGUCAUUAUCGUUUGCUCUGAGGGCCAAAGAAUCGAUAUACCAAAUGGAUCGGUUUUGGAAAACGUUGUCAUCACGGGUAACUUACAAAUCUUGGAGCAUUAA